CGAGGUUGUGCCCUUCGUGUUGCAAGAGUUCCGUUUACGCUUGCAUAUAACCAAAUCGGAAUAUAGACCUUACGAAAAAUAAUGAACAAAACGGAAUUUGUGAUAAAUUUGCGUUAGUUGCAUUAAACAUAUUCGGUCAUGGAAAUGCUAACAAUAUUUGUUGUUUUAUUUUCGUUGUUGCAAGGGUGCUUUGUACAGUGUAGGGAAGAACUGUAUUUCAGCAAAAGCCCAAAGGACGUGAAAGUUGUUCUGGGAACAUCUGUGACUUUGCCUUGUGAAGUAACACCAAGCAGCGGCGUAGUAUACUACUGGGAACUGAACGGCUCAAAAAUAUCGAAUACGACCCGCAGACAUCAGCAGGGCAGCAACUUGCACAUAACUCGAGUGGACCGAGAACGGGACUCGGGUCAGUUCACUUGCAUCGCUGAAGACACGACCGGACAAUCCACCGCAAUCACAAGCUCGCCCGCUUCCAUCAAUAUCCAAUGGAUCGGAGAGGCAACCGUUCAACUGCAGGAGCCAGAAUCGGCCUCGUUCAUCGAAAGGGGAAGCAACGUUACUCUGAGGUGUCAUCUGGACGCGUCCGGGGAGGUCCAUUUCGAGUGGUUUCGAAAUGCGGACCGUUUAACGAAAUCAGCCAGGCUUGAAAUUAAGAAAAGAAGGAUCCACAUAAAGUCUGUGGAAGCGACAGACAACGGAGUUUACAGAUGCGUCGCCAAGAAUGAAGCAGGCGUGCAGCACAGCACGAAGAAUUUUGCACUCGCCGUUCCCG